GUGAUGUCUUUAUACUAGCAUACAGCAUCGACAACCGAGACACGUACCAUGAGGUAUUACGUUUGAGAGAGAAUAUUGUAGACACAUUCCGCGCCAACAAGGGCAUUAAGGCUGUUCCAAUGGUAAUUGCAGGCAACAAAAGUGACCAUCCCAACCGCGAGAUAACCACUGAGGAAGCUAAAAAGGCCUUUUCUUAUAAAAGAUGCUCAUUUGUGGAAACAAGUGCCAAGAAAAACCUUCAUAUCGAUACACUGUUUCGACAUCUCUUUGAGAAUGCACGUAUGCCCAGUGAAAUGAGUCCGUCACUGCAUCGAAAG